UCAACUUAGACGCAUAUAAUUCAGUUUCAAAUUAAUGGACGUAUUACCAAAUGAUGAUGAAUUAUUACUUAUGGAAUUGGAGCGCAGAGAUGGAAUUUAUUCCUUUAUAUUUCAUGAACUAGAAACCAAUAAAUUGCAAACAGAGGAACAACACAAAAUUAAGGAAAAUAAUACAAGUGCAAUGUUGAACGAAAGUCAUAUUAAAUGGGAGCUUAAAAGUGAAAUUACAACUAAGAAAACCCCAUUACUUACGGCAACCUUAAAUUCUUCACAGCCUUACGCUUAUGCAGAUUGGGGUUUUAAAAAUUCAACAACAGUUUUCAGCAACUCCUGGCAUCAUACGCAAGCAACAAAAACUGCGUAUCCAUCAUUUCAGCAAGUUUGUUCAUUGCGUUCUCUGAAUGUACGCAGAGCUAAAUCACCCUUUUCUCAUAUUCACACGCCUUUGGUACGCAAUAGACGUCAUGAACUUAAAGAAACUGAAGAGUAUAAGAAUUAUAUGGAUGGUAUUACUAAAAUAGCGGACUUAAGACAACUAUUUCCGUUGGAUCCCGAUGUUCAUGCACCUUUUGCAGAGGACAGUGAAGAAGAUGUAAGGAAUUCCAAGCCAAGGAGAUUGGUGGUGAAGGGCUCCCAAUUUUUAAAAUGA